UCAAAUUGUUUAUACCAAACAUAAACAUUAAUCAAUCGAAAGAACUAAACAUAAACAAAUUAUUGAGUUUUAGCAAAUAUGAAUCUCUGUCGAUUAUGUUGCAGCUAUGCAAGCAGCAAGCAGUGUUUAAGACUUUUUGAUAGUCGCAACCAAAAAGUACUGGAAAAUAUUAAAACAUUAAUGGGUAUCCUGUUGGAAAACUUCAUGGGUAUGCCUGAAAUAAUCUGCCAAGACUGUGAGAUGAAAAUUCAAAGGAUAACCCAUUUCCGAAAUAGUUGCAUUGAGGCCCAAAUACAGCUAAUGGAGAGUUUGAAUUCAGAACAACUGAAACUGAUACCUGAAAAUUAUAAGAUUUGUAUACUGAAUUCGUCGACUUCACCGAAGCAUCAUUGUAUCAUAGAAUCUUACGAAGAUCUAAAAGAGGACAUAGUGGUCGAAGAAAAGUCAGCCAUUAUAACUGAGGAACUUGUCGCAGAGGAUAGUAAAACCGGUGAAGAGUUAAAGUUUCAUAUUAAGUUCAACAACGAAAGGCCUGAAGGCAAAACCAUUGACGAGGUCCAAAUAGAAGAGGCCGAUUUAAUUAGUAUAGACGAUUUGGUUUACCAAAGUGAGGAAGAGUUUCAAAUGAUAGAUGAGGACCCCACCGAAAAUGUAAAAUCGAAGGAGAAACUUGAUCGAACUAGUUUGAGCAAAUCGGUGUUCAUUUGUGAAGAAUGUGGAAAUCAUAUAAGUGGACGGAAGGCCUUCGACUUGCAUUGCCGUAGACAUCGUGGAGAAAAACAGUUUGAGUGCGAAAUCUGCCAGAAAGCAUUUUGCACCACAUCAGAGGUGAAGAGGCAUAUGCGAAAACAUACUGGGGAGCGUCCAUUUGAAUGUAAUUUCUGCAACCGUCGAUUUACGGACUACAGCACCCGUAGAAACCACGAAAGAACCCACACAAAUGAACGUCCUUAUGUGUGUCCGGAUUGUGGCAAAGCCUUUACCACUGCCUACAUACUCAAGAAUCACAUGCUAGUUCAUUCCGGGAAGAGAGACUUUCGAUGCAAUCUGUGUAAUAAAUCCUUUCUUCGGGACACUCAUCUCACUACACAUUACCGGUCACAUAUGCAUAAGCGCAAUUUGGACUUAGAGCGACUCAAAAUCGGCGUAUCCUGUUGAGCCAUUAAACAUAAGAAUUAUAAAUUAAGGUCUUAAUGCUAGAAACAAUCAACCAUUAUUAAAUAAACAAGACAUUGUGUAUUUAAAAGUA